AUANGUACCGAAUUUUUGCCGAAUCCGAAUUAACUAACUAUGGUCGGAUCUCCUCCUCCUUUCGCCUUCCUCCCAUCUUCUCCAUUGCUGCCGCCCUCCACCUGCGACGCCGGCGUCGACCUCAAGCGGGGCCUGUUGAUGACAGCGUGGGUUGACCACCAAGCCUCCCACAAGACGCUGUGGCUCCGGCACGGCCACUCGCGCUCGCGCCCGCAGCGCCGCCCUUCCUUGUCGCUCGCCGGAAGUUUGCCUGAACGCCCUUGCCGCCGGGUUGUUACAGAGGAGAGGAGAGAAGAGAUGACGACGGCGACGUCGUCGUCGUACCCGCCGCCGCCGCCCUACUACCGGCUGUACAAGGACUACGAGCAUGACCCGGCGUCGGCGCCCGACCCCCCGCCCCCUAUCCAGGGCGCCUUCCCGCUCUUCGGCGCCACCUACACCACUGACGUGGUGCUGCCCACCCUCGAGGAUCAGGGCGUCCGCCAGCUCUACCCCAAGGGGCCUAACAUCGACAUAAAAAAGGAGCUAAGAUCACUUAAUCGGGAGCUCCAACUUCAUAUCCUAGAGCUAGCGGAUAUUCUAGUGGAGAGGCCUUCUCAAUAUGCACGCAAGGUGGAAGACAUAUCACUUAUUUUCAAGAACAUGCACCAUCUCCUCAACUCCUUGCGCCCUCAUCAGGCCAGAGCAGCGCUCGUCCACAUACUGGAACGUCAGAUACAGCGCCGAAAACAAGCAGUGGAAGACAUAAAAAAGAGGAGAGAGGAAGCCCGAAGACUACUCAAGGAAUCACUCCAGAUUGUAGAUGGUCAACUACGCUAACAUUUGUUGCUGGUCACAGAUGUAAUAUAAGUUUAACUUCUGCAGCAUACAACUGCUAUUGUGUUAUUUAUGUAGUUUGAUAGUUCUAUGUUAUUUAACUCUAGCUUAUUUAUUUCGUAACCAAGGUACUAUAUAAAGAAUGUGUACUUUGCACUAUGUUAUAACAUCAUCUUUUCCUGUUUAUUGGCAUGUGCGACAACCUUUUAUUGAACAUA